AUGAAACCUGAAUACACUCCUUUGGACAAGCUUUCACCUAUAACGAAAGUAUACAAAGAGCGGGUUACCGUGAAAGAAAAGUCCCCUAUCCGAUCUCCUCCUAACAAAAAAAGAUUCCAAAAGCUGGUAUUCGAAGACGAUGAGGGAAACAGCAUGAAAGCUACUUUGUUCGGAGAUGAAUGUGACCACUUCAAGAGAGUCUUUGAACACAAGAAAAAGUAUGAAAUUGCUAAUGCUCUAGUCAGAGUCGUAAACCCCAAGUUCAGUUCCUUCCCAGGCGAAUGUGAGCUAACCUUUGGAGGCAUGACUAAAAUCCAACCUGUUGAUCGAACUGAAGGACCUGUAUUGCCAGAAUACAUCCCUAUUGUUGAUGUCCCUAAGACCAGUGGUCAGGAUGAUCGGUUUGAUUUGCUAGGCGUAGUGGUCCACAUGGAAGAUGUCCGCCAAGUGACAUACAAGUCAGGCAGAGUUGCUGAUGUGCGCGAUAUAAGCAUUGUUGAUGAAAGCACUGGUACUAGACCCAUGAUCAUCUCUGCAUGGGGUCAGCUUGCAACUUCUGAUUAUGAACUCCUUAAGGAUUGGUCAUCCAGCCCCUUGGUUGUAAGCUUAACUUCUCUUAAGCCUACAACUCACAGAGGCUUUUCUCUGCAAUCAAGUAUGUCUACAGAAAUUAACCCAACCCCUGUUGGUGAGAAAGUUGAAGCUUUAAGAUCCUGGGCUCAUGCACAUCCAGAUGUCAUUACUGACUAUAUGGCCAGGCAACUCGAAUUCAUGACUGUUGGUGUUGAACCAGUUCCUACAACACUUGAUCAGAUCCUCAAAAAAAAUGUUGACAACACUGUCCAAGAAGAGGUGUACACAAUCACUGUCACAAUUCCUGAUGCACAGCUAAGCAAUGUCAUUGCUUACAUUGGCUGUGAUGGUUGUGGUAAACGUUGUGGAGUUGCUGCAAAUCCAACUACUACACUCAAUUUUAAAACACUAACUCCAGGCCAUUGCAGGGUUAAUUUCACCUUUGAUGCAACAGACAAUACUGGAAAAUUCCGCCUGACUGCCUUUGGUCUAGUAUGUGAGAAAAUCCUCCAGUUACCUACAUUAGAAAUAUUUGAGAGGAAAAUUAAGGAUGAUUGGAGUGACUUUGAUCACCUUGCUGCAGCACUGAAGAACACACCAAUGCACAUCAUAAUUCACCCAGCACAGUCCUUGAACAGGGCAGGGGUACUUAGGUGGGUAGUGCAGUCAGUUUCCCGCGAGUGA